CACCGGGGGCUAAGGAACUAAGAUGAAGCUCCAAACAACUGCUGCUGCAAACCCGUCGCUUGUCGAGCGCGCCCGAGCUCGUGUGCGGGAGAAAUGGUCUCACUUCCGAGCUCAGGCGAUGGCGACGUGGACCGUUGUGGUCGCAAACCCAACGCUGUUAGUCGCGCCGCUCCUUGUUUUUGGCCUUGUGGUUGGUCUUGGAGUCGGUUUGACUCUGCAAAUGGCUAAGGUUGAGGAAAGAGGCGCCAAGGACCGCGCGGCUAGCUUGGCCCGAGACAUGGCCACCUGGUACCAAGUGCAGCUGACCGGCGUCACCGCGGGGCUGACGGGCAUCAUGGCCGCACUGGUGCGCUACCAGCCGAUCUACGCUGGGGUCAGCGAGCUGUUCGACGUCGUGGGACCUGUGCUGCUGGAGCAGGCCACUGCAAACAGCGUCAAGCUUGUUCAGCUCGCCCCAAAUGGCUGGGCGCGUGACACUUUUCCCAAGACCCUUGAACCGAAGGAUCUUGACCUCUUCGCAUUGAGCACAGACCAGGAGGCGGCCCUGGAGACGGUGCGCAGCCGGCAGCUCACACUGCAGGGCCCCACGCCCUUCGUGCAGGGCGGGUACGGCGUCAUCGUGCGACGGCCUAUCUUCAUCGGUGGCGUCAACGACACGUCCGGGUUCGGCAUGCCCGCGCCCCUGAACCCCAUCUGCGGCGCCCCCUGUGCCUACAACAACGCCACAAAAUCUGUCUUCUGGGGCUUCGCGGCGGUGCUCAUUGAUUUGGUGGUCCUAAAUUCGGCACCCGACUCGAGGCCACGCAUGAUGGAUGGCCUGGGCUACCGCUAUGAGGUCCGCGCGCUGGGCCUUGCAGCCGCGAACAUGCGCUUGGUAGCAGCCAGCUCUACGCUGCCUGGUCACGACGCGAUGGAGGCCAUCGUAUCCCUUCCGAACAACCAGUGGGUGGUUCGCGUGGCACCGGCGGGCGGCUGGACGUCAAACUACUACGGGGGCCUCAUUGCGGCUGUGGUGGUGCUGGCAUUCGCACUGUCUGUAUUUCUGUUUGCGGCACUGGUGCUGUGGCGGCGGCACCAGAUGCUGCUGUCGGCACUGCUGCCACGGAAGGUGAUCCGGGACCUGCACAACGCGGGCGGCGCGGCGCUUGCGGGGGCCUGCAGCCGCAUGGUGCUCAACACAGACACGACUGCGGAUGUGAUGCUGCGCGUGCUGGCGGAGGUGGUGUGCGGCGAGGCGCCUGCCAUCAGCGACGUGAUGCUGGUGCGCAGUGCCCUCGCACACUCGGCCGACAUCUACGAACCCAUCAUCGGGAUCACGGAGCAGAUCCAUGGGGCGCACAUGGACCGUGAUGUGGCGGACAGCCUGGCGCGGCAGCUGUGCACGGCUCCUGUCGGCACCGCCACCGCGCUGCCGCGCCACAUCACCUGGCAGCGCUCUGCCGGCCCCGGCGGCCGGCUGCUGCCUCGCUGCGCCGCCCCGCCCAGUGCCGCCUCCGUCGACACCAGCUACAGGGACAGCAGCGUGCCGCUGUCUUACAGCGAGGCUGCGGGAGAGGCGCCGCAGCAGGCUCGAGGCGGCGGCGCCGGAGAUUACAUACGCAGCCUCAGCACUAGACUGGCCGGCGGCUUCCGGCGUGCAGGGUCCAAAGAGGCCGUGCACUUGUCCAACGUGUUCGUGGCGCUCCCCUCAGCGGCGGCGCGCCAGGAAGACAGCAGCGAGCUCAUGCGCACAAUCACGGGCCUGCUUCCCCCCGCUGCAUCGGGGAGCCUGGGCCAGGCGACGGCGGCCGUGCGCCCCGAGUCAGAAGCGCCAGGCGAGCGGACAGGUGCUGUGCCGGCGUUGGGCAGCAGUCUGCAGACGGGGGCGCCAUACGUUGCUCCAGUGGCAGCGCUGGGUGCGCCGUCCGCUGCAACAGCGGCGCCGCUGACUGCCGGCGUCAUGCUGGCUGUCGCCGCGGUUGCACCAGCAGAAGAGCUGACGCUGUCCACAACACCGGUCUUGGCAGCCAAAUCCACCGCGACCCUUUUGGAAUCCGCAGUCUCAGACCAUGUGGCCGAGCGAAAUGAGGCAAGCCGCAUGGCCGCGGAAGAUCCCGGCUCAGCCGUUGCCGGCGGGAGCAGUGCGUGCGGUUGCAACGUCUUGGGCGUGCAGCCGCCGCCGGUGGUGGGUGCACCGCUCGCAGUGCAUACCAGUGGGGACACGCCCGCCGCGGCAUUGCAGGCAGCCUCGCCGCCAGCUCAGGUGCACGGAUUGCGUUCAUGCACGCCCGGCGGGGGCUCGGUGCCGCCGGCCUCUGUGGCAGCAGCAAGCAGCGCUGCUGCGAAUGGGGGCAGCUCCCUCGCAGCCCCAGCAGACGUGCCUCCAGAGGCGGCCGAGAAGCUGCAGCCGCUUCACGACAUCGCGCGUGCAACGUCGUACCGCCGCCAGCGCACGUCGCAGCUUACAGAUGAGCAGGAAGCAAUAGUGGUUCCCACAGACUCAGAGGACAGCGAAGACGGCGAUGCAGGCUUGGCGGAGGCAGGCGCCGCCAGGGGAUUGGGGAACGGAACCACUGCCCGCGUGGUGUACGUGCGGCAGGGCCCACACACCGCGCAUGCGGGCGGCGGGCACAGCGGCAGCAUCCGGCACGUGUCAGGCUCGCAUUUGAGCAUCAUGCAAAUGGGCAAAGGCGCCGGCAGCAUUAGCAUGCAGCGGUCGCAGCACAGCGGCGUGCGGGUGUCCGCGUCUGCACGGGUUCGCGGCCUCAUCUACGGGUCUGGGCCGCAUCAGCAGCACCAGCACCUGCAGCCGGGGAGCACCAGCUCCAGUGCACACGCAGCAGCCCGUCGGCCGAAGCGGCAGUCAAACUCAGGCGUCGUCGUGCCUGGUGCCCCUGCAGUUGCAGGUACAGGAGAGGCGACUGCGGGCGGCAGCGGGGCAGCGGCCGGGAAGGCCAGCACCAGCAGGGAGGCUGUGGCGGCUGUGGCGGGGGGGUCUGCCUCCCCGUACCCGAUGGGCGGCGUCAAUGCUUCGGUCACUCCCCAAAGGCAGCAGCACAUGGCGAUGAUGCCGCCCCGCGCCCUGAUGGAGGAGGUGGAGCAAGUGCUGGCGGGUGCUGACGCUUGGCAGUUUGAUACGUGGCGGCUGGCGGAGGUUUCGGGUGGACUGCCGCUGUCGGUGCUCGGCUACUUCCUCAUUCAGAGGGCGGGACUCGUCAAGACGCUGCGGCUGAGCCCGCGCACGCUCGUCAAGUGCCUGCGUGUCAUUGAGGCGGGAUACCACGACAACCCCUACCACAGUGCCACGCACGCCGCGGACGUGCUGCAGACGCUGCACGUGAUCAUCCACUCGGCGCAGCUGCAGGUGCACUACCUGGAUCCGCUGGGCCUGUUCGCGGCGUACUGGGCGGCGAUCGUGCACGACUACCGGCACCCCGGCCUGACCGGUGACUUCCUGAUCACCACAGCCCACCCGCUCGCCAUUCGCUACAACGACCGCUCGCCGUUGGAGAAUCACCACUCGGCGGCGUCGUUCUCGGUGCUGAGGCGGCGCGGGCUGGAGCUGCUGCAGCCACUACCGGCCGAGUCGCGUGCGACGUUCCGUAAACAGGUGAUUGAGAUGGUUCUGGCCACCGACAUGAAGCAGCACUUCGCGCUGUGCAGCCAGUUCAGCACGGUGCACCGCCUGUCGGCCUUCUCGGCUGAGCGGGCCAAGGCCGCCGCGGCGCCCAUGGAUCAGGCAGCGGCAGGCGCGCCGCCGAGACCAAGCCCGCGCGGCAACGUGCUCCCCAGGGGCGGGUCGCUGCGCGCCACGGAGCUGCAGGAGGUGGUCGUGGCGGGACAGCAGGGCCCACCGGCGGCGGCGUCUGGUGGUUCGCGCAUGGGCGGGCCCGCCCCCCAGCCGCUUGAUGAGAGCGAGCGGCUUCUGGCCAUGUGCAUCGCCCUCAAGGCCGCGGACCUUGGUCACCUGGGGGAGGAGCUGGAAGUGCACAAGCGCUGGUUGGCGGGGCUGGAGGAGGAGUUCUUCCGCCAGGGCGACCAAGAGCGCGAGCUGGGCAUCCCCAUAAGCCCCCUCUUUGACCGCGCCAAGCAGGGCGUGAGCAAGAGCCAAGUGGGGUUCUAUGAGUUUGUGGGGUUGCCGAUUGUGCACGCGCUCACGUCCGCCUUCCCAGGCGCCGCGCCGCUGAUGACCUGCUUCACGACCAAUUACCUGCACUGGCUGCGGGUGCAGCAGGAGGCGCAGGCGCAUGCGAACGGGCAGUAGCAGGUGGGCCAGGUGCAGCAGUAGACCCGCAAGGGCAACGGAAGGUCAGGCUGGUCAGGCUGCUACCUGUCCACGUGUACAUCACGCUAUGCUAUCCGUCUCGUUUGAUUCAGCACCAAGGCUCGUAACACACACCGUGUGGUAUAGGCGCGGUCGGGCUCGCAGAAAGCUGGUUGUCACAUUCAUGCUGUAUUGUUGAUGGCCUGCGAGCGCAAACACGUGUGAGUUGCAGGGUCUUAUUACCCGUCCUGGCAACACAGUGAAUGCUGUACCUGGAGCGCUGACGAAUGUGGGAUUCGUUCGACCGCGUGUAGGGAGGGCAUUGCAUUCAUCCCAUGGCACGAGGCUUGUUAUGGUCUAGCGAGGUAUUGGUGUCUAGGCGCGUGUGCCCUUUCGUAGAGGACUGUGCCCGGGGAACUGACCCCUCCCCGAAUUCUCCAGCACUGCAGCAGUGGCAUGUCCUCUUUGCACACAAUCGGAGUGCACUCUGCCCCCAUGCAUAUGUCAGGCCGUAAGGUCAUUGGCUCAUAUGGAUUGAUGAGCAACCCUAACCACUUCAACCAGCCACAUGGCGUUGAGACAGCAGGACGUGGCAUGCAUCCAUGGCUUUAACGGCUGGAAAUGCAUGGCAUGCAGGAUUGCAGGCACGCACAAGUGAAACCUUGGUUUGUGCAUGCAUCAGCAUAUGCACAUGCCGUACAACUCUGUGUGACAAUACUGGCAUGUGUGUCGGAGCUAACUGAAGUAGGUGGCCGCAAUACUUUAGGCCAGGUCACGCUGUCUCCUUGUCUGUCCGAUGUCUCCUUGUCGCCCGUGCAUGCAACGCCUCUUGGUAGAAUAAUGAAGGCCCAGCAGUACUGCAGAGGAGCCAGAACGGCGCCGAGGCGAGGUCGAUGGGGAGGCAUUGGCACGCACCUUAAAAUGAUAUCGUAAACGCGGGGUUCCCUUUGAUUAUUCUGCGGGAAGUUUGAAUGCUGCUGUCCAAGUUGUGGUAGAGGGUCGACUGGAGUGGUUUACAAGCGCGUGGGCCUACCCCACUGUUACACGGUACGUGUGUAAGCUGGUGGUGGUGCUGAACCUGGAGAAGGCGAUCUGGAUAGCAGAUCCCGGGUCAGUCAAUGAGUACCCUAGACUCCCCAUGUUACCCACAUGGUC